AUGACUAUUGCUGUAUAUGCGUAUGAAACAAAUGAAGCAAGAAGAGCACAUGAAUUAGUAAACGAAAACUCAACUUUAACCAUUGAAGGUAAUGAUUUAGUCAUUGACGAUGGAAAGACUAAAAGAGUCAUUGACUUCGAUACUUUUAACACUUAUGACCCAUUCAUUACAACAAGUAAAGUUCCUAUCAUAAAUGAUGGAACGGUGCAAUAUAUAAAUUCAACAGUAGAUGCCUCAUUAGUGAAAGUACUAAAUGUUCUCAUUGAAUUGUUAAAGAGCUUUCGAUUUGACGACAACAUUAAAUGCCUAAAGAAUUUAGUCAUGAAUGAGAAACAAAUUCUCGGCGUUGCUGGUAGCAGUAAUGAUGUACACCUUAUGACCUUAGAAUAUUAUAACGAACAUAAAGAUGAACUGAAAGGAGAGAAGGGUGACACUGGACCUCAAGGAAUACAAGGUCCUCAAGGAAUACAAGGACCUCAAGGCGAAAACGGUUUGGAUGGAAAGGAUGGAAAGGAUGGAAAAACUGCUAAAUCAUGGAUAUGGGACCUUAUAAAUACUGGUUUAACAGCUGCUUCAUAUGGAGUUCUUCAAUACCAAAUCGGAAAGAUAUGGGCUGUACUUGGUGAAGAAGCUUUAGAUGACGUCAAAAAUGCUUUGAACUUCAUUUCAAAUGGUUCUGAUACUAUUAAAACUUUAUCUGGUUGGAUGCAAGAAACAAGGAGUCAAAUAGAUACUGUAAGACGUAUAGCAAACAAUGCACGUACGGGAUUGGAUACUUUACGAGAAGCACAAAAUACACUAAAGGAAGCAAAUGAUAUUCUUGGCUCAGUAUCAGACAUGCAUGAAGAUUGGCUUAAAGGUAUUGACAAAUCUUUAAAAAAUCACAGUCAGUCUAUUGCUGACUACAAGAAAAGUAUAGAUUUUUUACAUAGUGCUAUGGACGUACAUGAUGGAAGUAUAAAGAACUUACUUAAUGCUAACAAUAACUUACCAGGAACUAUUAAAACAUUCAUAAAGUCCUUUGUAAAGCCUGGUGCUCUAACAUUUAGGUCUUUGAGAGCAAGAGCAUUGAAGUCAAGAGAUGCAGAAACUCCAACAGAACCUACAGAGGAGCCACCAAAACCAACGGCAAAUGAAAUAUUGUUCGAGUAUUUUCCAAGAUACUCUGUCCUCAUUGCAUACAUUCAAGAAAUACUUAAGAAAGGUGACUUGACUUUGGGGGAUGAUGAAAGUUCUGUAUAUCUUUCGUUCCAAUUCCAAAUAGCAGAACUUUUGAGACAGAUAUGCUUAAUGUAUGACAACAUCUCUGAUUUCACAAGAUAUGACGACGACCAUGACCCCGAACACGGUGAAGAAGAAGUUUUACAAACAUCCAUUAAGACAGGAAAGGUUUUAACUCAAAGUCUCAUUAUUGACACCAAAGAUGGCGAAGUGGACGUUCUUCAAGAGCUGAAGAAAAAUACUUCUUCGGGAGGUGGUGGUAGGCAUGAACUUGAAAUAAAUGAGAUAGAAGAGAAAUUAGCCGAAAAAGCAGACAAAAACCAUGUUCAUUAUAUAAGUUCAGAUGAACAGAUUAUAACGGACUAUCAUGGAUAUUUAACACAGGGUGAAAAAGUGAAUACGAAAAAUGUUAAUGAAAGAAGAUAUAAAUUCAUUCGUGCUAAAGGUUAUGACAUAUGUUGUACUGUACAGUAUGACACAGGUAUAGCACCACAAGCAUUUGGUUAUAACGCUGAAAUUUAUGCUUCAUACUUCUUUGUUAACGGUGUAUUAGUUGAACCAAGAUUUACUUUGAGAGUUAAGUCAAAAAUAACUUUUGAAGAUGCUAUUAAAAGUAAAGCUGACAAAACAGAACUUGACGCAACGAACAAAGUUUUGAAAUCUCAUAAACACAAUAUCUCCGAUAUAAAUGAGCUUCAAACUUCUUUAGACAGUAAAGCAGACAAAGAUGAACUAGACGCAACGAACAAAGUUUUGAAAUCUCAUAAACACAAUAUCUCCGAUAUAAAUGAACUUCAAGCUACAUUAAAUAGUAAAGCAGAUAAAAAUCAUACACAUAACUCCUUCACAACCGUUGCUAUAGAAAACAUUGAAGGAACGAUUGGCGGAAUUGGUGGAGAUGCUUUAUAUUUUAAACCUCCUAACUUUCCACAAGGUUUAACAUCGAAUGAAAACAUAACAACGAAGCAAGAAAUUAGAUGUAGAAAUGUUUAUGUCAUGGAUGAUGAAAAUAAUAUUAAAUUCACUGCUCAAAAUUUAUAUGAUAAGAAAGCCGACAAAACUUAUGUAGAUGAAAAUUAUGUGAAGAAGUCAGAAGUAAAUGAGGUGGUUAAUGGUAAAAUUAAUGAAAUAUUGCAAGCUAUAUAUCCUAUCGGUGCUUUAUAUACAUCAAUGAAUUCAACAAAUCCGGCAAGUGUUUUAGGUUUUGGUACGUGGCAGCAGAUUGUAGAUAAAUUCCUCUAUUGUGCUAACUCAUCAAAUCAAACAGGUGGUUCAAAGAAAAUUUUAGAAGCAAACCUUCCACCACAUAAACAUACAGGAACUACAAACACAACAGGUAAUCAUUCACAUUCAAUGACAAAAAGAGGUUAUAUAAAUCUUGCGGCAGGUUCUGAUAGACGAGGUAUGAAUAGAUAUGAUAUUUCAAGUGACCCAGUAGAUUCAAGCACGGGUAUUUUCUGUGAAACCGCAGGAAAUCAUUCACACACUUUCACAACAAAUUCAACAGGCUCGGGUGAAGAUUAUAUGCCACCUUAUGUGACUGUAUUCACAUGGUACCGCGUUCAAUGA